UCGAAACUAAAAAAAAAAAACUCUUGAGAAUCCCGGCGAUGAGCAACCACAUCUCACCACCGGAGAAUCAUCAGAUCCCGACUCUAAACUUCGACAAUCUCGAAGUUUUCUCAGCCCUUGGCCGUGGAUCUAAAGGAGUUGUGUUCCUCGUAAAAGCCGAUAGCAAACGGCUUGCUUUAAAAGUCAUACUAAGAGAAUCAAUCGAGACAAAGGAGGCCAAAGAUGAUGAGUACCGACGCGUUAGUUUCGAGCAAGGAGUGUUGUCUCGGUUCGACCAUCCUCUGUUUCCACGUCUUCACGGUGUUUUAUCGACUGAUAAAGUUGUCGGCUACGCGAUAGAUUACUGUCCUGGAAGAAAUCUCAAUUCUUUAAGGAAGAAACAGUCGGAAGAAAUGUUUUCCGACGAGAUUAUAAAGUUUUACGCGGCGGAGCUUGUGAUCGCACUUGAGUAUUUGCAUAAUCAAGGGAUUGUGUACAGAGACUUGAAGCCGGAUAAUGUGAUGAUUCAAGAAAAUGGUCAUUUGAUGCUUGUGGAUUUCGAUCUUUCCACGAAUCUACCUCCGAGAACUCCGCGAUCUUCUUCGCCGUCGCCGACGAAAGAAGAACGGUCCUUCUUCGCAUUCUCGGGUUUUUGUAACUCCGGAAUCUCCCCGGACGACUCGGUUUCGAGAUCUUCGGAGUCUGAGUCGUCAGGUGAGAAGUCGAAUUCGUUCGUCGGAACCGAGGAAUAUGUCGCUCCGGAGGUAAUCGCCGGGAAUGGCCACGACUUCGCCGUAGAUUGGUGGUCGUUAGGAGUGGUGUUGUAUGAGAUGUUGUACGGAGCGACGCCGUUUAGGGGAUCAAACAGGAAAGAGACAUUUUUUAAGAUAUUAAGUGAACCGCCGAGUUUGGUCGGAGAAACGACGACGUUAAGAGACUUGGUAAGAAAACUGUUGGAGAAAGAUCCUAGCCGUAGGAUCAAUGUGGAAGGAAUCAAGGGACACGGUUUCUUCAGAGGGUUGGAUUGGGAUUUGGUGGUUAAGGUAUCACGACCACCUUAUAUUCCGGCGCCGGAAAACUAUGAGAUUUCCAAAAUCGACGUGGAGAAAUUCGUACAUGACAUAUUUACUGACAAUAGUAAUAUGAAAACUAAUGAUCAGAUUAAUAAUGGUAACUUUAAUGUAUUUUAGUUUUAAUUUAUUUUAGAAAUAUUGAUGUCGAUGAUUGAACAAAUACAUAUAUAGAAUAUUCGAUUACAUGUAGAAUACUAUGCCAACUCUUCAUGAGAACACUUUGUUUAAAAGAGUUGGGUGGCUUAGAGAAGGCAGGGACUAAAAGAAGGAAAAGUGAAGAAACAGAAGAUGUAAUUGAACAGUUUUGGCGGUGGCAUCAUCAAUAUUCACUUGGAGUUUGAUAAUGGACCUACUUCCUCCUUUUGUCUACUUCUCAAUUAUGAUGACCAUGAUUUAGAGCCAUCUAUCUGACUAUUAGACUAUACUAUAACAAUAAUCACAAUACC